AUGGGGUUACCCCUAAGACCUUUCACCCUAGCCAGUCGUCUCGCUCGUCGAGCGUUCAGCAUGGCGACCGGACGUCGCAGUCGAGUGUUUGUAGUCGGCGUCGGCAUGACGAAGUUCGAGAAACCGGGAUCGAGGGAGGAUUUCGAUUACCCCGCGAUAGCAAAGGAAGCAGGUCUGAAGGCUCUCCAAGAUGCUGCGCUCUCCUACAAAGACAUUGAACAGGCUGUUGUCGGUUAUUGUUUUGGUGAUUCGACGUCGGGUCAGCGAGCUUUGUAUGAGCUUGGUAUGACAGGCAUUCCAAUCUAUAAUGUCAAUAACAAUUGCUCCACUGGAUCGACGGCUCUCAUUAUCGGCAAGCAGCUCAUUGAAGGAGGGAUGGCUAACUGUGCAAUGGCCUUGGGAUUCGAGAAGAUGGCAAGAGACUCGAUGACAAAGCAACAGUUUGCCGACAGAGCGAGUCCCAUGGAGAAAUUUGUCGAAGUGCUGUCGGAAACUCACGGCAUUGCUGCCUCGCCUAUCGCAGCUCAACUGUUUGGGAGCGCCGGCAUCGAACAUAUGAGGCGAUACGGAACAACAAAAGAGCACUUCGCAAAGAUCGCACAGAAGAACCACAGACACUCAGUGAACAACCCAAACUCCCAGUUUCGUGACGACUACACAAUCGAUCAGAUAAUGAACUCAAAAAUGGUAUACGACCCCCUAACCCUCCUCCAAUGCUGUCCUCGAUCGGAUGGAGGCGCCGCUGCUAUUCUGUGCAACGAAGAGUUUGUACAUAAACACGGACUCGAGCCUCAGGCGGUUGAGAUACUAGCUAUGGAGAUGGCGACCGAUCAAAGCAGCACGUUCCAAGAGAAAAAUUGCAUUAAACUGGUUGGAUACGACAUGACGAAGGAUGCUGCCAGACGGGCAUUCGAAAGUGCAGGUCUCCGUCCGCAUGACGUCUCUGUGGUCGAACUUCACGACUGCUUCGCAACGAAUGAGUUGAUCUCGUACGAGGCACUCGGACUCUGCGAUGAAGGUGAAGGAAGCAAACUUGUUGACCACGGAGACAACACGUACGGCGGGAAAUUUGUUGUUAAUCCGAGUGGUGGGUUGAUAUCAAAAGGGCAUCCACUUGGGGCAACAGGGUUGGCGCAGUGUACGGAACUGUGUUGGCAGUUGCGUGGCGUGUGUGGUCCACGUCAAGUGGCGAAUGCGCAGAUCGCACUGCAGCACAAUAUUGGACUUGGAGGAGCAGUCGUCGUUGGUCUCUACAAACUCGGAUUCCCACAAUAUUCGGCACACAACAGAUAUCAUCGUCUGUCUCCAACUAUGAUGAAUGCUCCAUCCAACGGCUUCAAGGCAUCAGCAAUUUUCCGGGAGUUUGAGCAACGUUUCAAGAAGGAAGGACAAGAAAUAGUAAAGAAGCUGAAAGGUAUUUACGUAUUUAAAGUCAAAGAUGACUCGAGUGGUCAAGUGGGAACGUGGAUUGUUGAUGCGAAGAACGGGUCUGGAUCGGUGACGUAUGGAGAUGGUAAAGGCGACUGUACCAUCACCAUGAAAGACUGCGAUUUCGUGGACUUGAUGACUGGCAAGCUCGACGGCCAAAAGGCAUUCUUCCAGGGCAAGAUGAAAAUCACAGGAAACUUGACGAUGGCGAUGAAACUCCGCGAGCUACAACAGAAACCGUCGAAAUCGAAGCUCUAGAUCCGAGUCUGACCGAGACUGCCGAUUAGCAUGCAAUCAAUCCGCACGGUCUAUUCUCUAUUAAUAUCAAUUCUACAGUAUCAUUA